CAGCCCGGCGCUCUUUGUUCCCGCCGCGGCGGGGAGCCGGCUCGCCCCUGCCCGGCCGAGACGCAGGUGAAAUGAUGUCACCUGGGAGAACGCAGAACCCGGUCGGAGGGGUCCUCUCUCGCGGCCUUCUGCCGCCUCCGCGGGUUUCUGUACGGGCUCGGUUUUUGUUCUCAGUGGAUGGAAGUUUUUCCUUUCAGGGCUGAAGAAUGAGAGAGAUAUCUCCCGGGGCCAAUUCAGCACCUCUGCCUGGCCAUCCUAACAAGGGGAUUUGUGAAAGGGUGAGACUUCCGAGCCUGUUCCCUCUUCUCCCAAGUGAUCAGAACACUACCGUUCAAGAGGAUGCUCCCUUCAAAGCUUUCUUCUUCCAGAGUGAAGAUAGUCCAAGUCCUAAGAGACAGCGCCUCUCUCAUUCAGUCUUUGAUUAUACGUCAGCAUCACCAGCUCCCUCCCCACCAAUGCGACCAUGGGAGAUGACAUCAAAUAGGCAGCCCCCUUCAGUCCGAGCAAACCCACAUCACUUCUCAGGGGAACGGUGCAGCACACCUGCGCGCAACCGAAGAAGUCCUCCUGUUAGGCGUCAGCGAGGAAGAAGGGAUCGUCUCUCUCGACAUAAUUCCAUUAGUCAAGAUGAAAACUAUCACCAUCUCCCUUAUGCACAGCAGCAAGCAAUAGAGGAACCUCGAGCCUUCCACCCUCCGAAUGUAUCUCCCCGUCUGUUACAUCCAGCUGCUCAUCCACCCCAGCAGAAUGCAGUCAUGGUUGACAUCCAUGACCAGCUCCAUCAAGGAACAGUUCCUGUCUCCUACACAGUAACCACGGUGGCACCCCAUGGGAUUCCACUCUGCACAGGCCAGCACAUCCCUGCUUGCAGUACACAACAGGUCCCAGGAUGCUCUGUGGUCUUCAGUGGACAACACCUACCUGUCUGUAGUGUGCCUCCUCCAAUGCUUCAGGCAUGUUCAGUUCAGCACUUACCAGUACCAUAUGCUGCGUUUCCGCCCCUUAUUUCUAGCGAUCCAUUUCUUAUACAUCCUCCUCACCUGUCUCCCCAUCAUCCUCCUCACUUGCCACCACCAGGCCAAUUUGUCCCUUUCCAAACACAGCAGUCACGAUCGCCUCUUCAGAGGAUAGAAAAUGAAGUGGAACUCUUAGGAGAACAUCUUCAAGUAGGCAGUUUUACUUACCCCCCUUCGGCCCAUCCCCCAACAUUACCUCCGUCAGCUCCUUUGCAGUUCCUGACACAUGAUCCUUUGCAUCAGGAGGUGUCCUUUGGCGUACCUUACCCUCCGUUUAUGCCUCGGAGACUCACAGGACGCAGUAGAUACCGAUCCCAGCAGCCAAUACCACCUCCCCCUUAUCAUCCCAGCUUACUGCCAUAUGUGCUAUCAAUGCUUCCAGUACCACCUGCAGUGGGCCCAACUUUCAGCUUUGAAUUGGAUGUGGAAGAUGGAGAAGUAGAAAAUUACGAGGCCCUGCUAAACCUGGCGGAGCGGCUGGGAGAGGCGAAGCCGCGGGGACUGACUAAAGCAGAUAUUGAACAGCUGCCUUCCUACAGGUUCAACCCCAACAACCACCAGUCGGAGCAGACUCUGUGUGUAGUAUGCAUGUGUGAUUUUGAGUCAAGGCAGCUUCUUAGAGUCUUACCCUGUAAUCACGAGUUCCAUGCCAAGUGUGUCGAUAAAUGGCUUAAGGGAAAUCGUACUUGCCCAAUUUGCCGAGCUGAUGCUUCAGAAGUGCAUCGGGAUUCCGAGUGACCAGCUGAGAGCACAGAUUUAGUUUGGGUGUUCCUCAUCACGUGUAUAUAUGGACUAUCCAUUGAACUUCACCUGUGUGGCUUCCAGCCCUCCCUUUACCAAAAGGGUCAAUGGACCUUUCUUUGCACUGUGUGACUUAAUCAACUAUAAAAGCUUACAAUUAGUCUUCACAAUUAUGGGAUUGUUAUACUAACUGUGUGAUUGGAACUCCAAAGAUCUUUUCUUUAGCUUAAUUUCGUGUGUGCACUAACAUUCCCUGGUUUUUGUGUGAUCAUUCCGAGUGUUGCUGCAAGAUUACAGUGGACGUGAUCUUUUAGCAUGUGCUUUUAUAAAAAGUGGUAGCUCCAGAUGAUAUAGCAAUCUACCUUAUAUAGAGCCUUCAGAAACUGUGAGUGGAAAUGAGUGCAGCGUAUGACUGUUGGUGAUAAGUGAAUCUGUGUGCGAGUGUGCAACUACAUGUGUGGGGGCAUGGUAGCUACUGUGUGUAUGAGAUCCUAUAUACCAGCAUGUACCAAGAAUGUGUGUGUAGUUUUAAUUAUGCUGCAAUGUAUAAUCUGGUGUGUUAUUUAAACAGCACUAGUACUGUACACUGGUUUUCCCCUUGUGUUUGCUGUUGCACACUGAUUGCUAAGGGUGCAUCAAUUCUAAGCAUUGAAUACUCCAUCCCCUUCCCUCCCAAUGAAUGGAAUGAAAAAAGCCUUCUUCCUUUGCUUCAGGCAGCUGUCCCCUUCUCUUCCUUUGUGAUCCUAGGUGGGUCACUAAGAAAAAAGUGUCAGAUUCUCACUCCAUGACCUGAUUUUUAUUAUUUUCAAUUCUGUUGUAAAAGAAACUUAAGUCUCCAACUUGCUAUUUCCAAAAAGAAGGUGCAAUAUCAUACAUCAUCAUUAGCAAUAUAGCAUUUCAGUCAGUGAUCUGAGUGUUGAUACUUCUUGUUUUUCCUUUACAUUUCCAGUAGCGUCUUACAGAAAGGACCUGUGAUUUUAUUAAUGUGUAGAUUUGUAGUCUGUUCCAAAGAUGUUUGAGUAAUAUAUUUUCAAGAACACCACUGGUCCCAUAAAUCUUGCCUCCUUGACUUCUGCUAGAACAAAAUCUGUUACCUAAUUCAGCCUGGUUUCUGGUGUGUGUUCUUCACUCAGGCCUCCACGGGCAACUAAAUUGUUUAAGAGAACUAUUUCUGUUGGUGUUAAUUGAGUUUCCCACACUACGGUCCUGAAGUUCUGUAGUUCUUCCCUCAGUAAACAUUCUCAUCAAAACCUUUGUUUCAGGAUGGAUCAAGUGCUGUAGCAGCUCAUUUCUUAGGCCUGGUUUGCUUUGAUGUCUUACUGUUUUAAUUUAUGUUAAAAUGAGAAAAGCUUAAUAUAACAGGUGCCCAGAAUACGUGCAGUGUAAAUGAAGAUUGGAUUUUUUGUAUAAAAAUAAUGCUGUCAAACAGGAAUUGACCUUUAUUUAAUCUGAGUGAUACCUAGCUGUGUAAAACAAAACAGACUUGUUGAACAUAAAUCAGAUUGUUGAAGUCACUUUUCAGCACCGUUGGAUUCCUUUCUCCUCCUCACAGUGUGCUCAGCCUUGUCUGCCUUUGUGAGUUAUCGGCAUCUGUGCAGCCACACGUGCUGCAGCCUUUCGGUCACAGCCGUGACCCUUCGCUGCCAACCUCACUCAACUCGCAAUCGGCGCUGGGCCUAUUUUUACUGACAGGGAGAGUGUUCAACUACUUGUUACUGCCGUGCUCCUUACCCUCCCUUGAUGUCUCUAAGCUCCUCGCAGCCUGGAGUUCAGGAAAGCCAGUUCACACAGAAGCACAAUUUUGUCUUCUUCCAGACACUGUUGCCUCUAUCUAGUCAGACAAAUAGGAUUUGACCUACUUUCUCUUUGCCUCUAGAUUUGUGUUAGUGUGUCAGAAAUACAUUUAAACAGUGGUGAAAUGCACAUGUUACUUUUAAAUCAUUAGGAUACCCCCUCCUGUUCCUAAUGAAUAAAAAAGUGUAUUAAAGACCAAAAUUAUUGGCAUAUAACAGUCAGCUCCAAAUCACAUACAGUGUAAUCUUUAUUUUUUAAUUAAAAAAAUCAUGUUUAAAAUGGCAAAAGUCCAUAGUAUAUGUACACUUUAUAUAGCUGCAAAAACUUUAUACCUGUACAGCUCUAGCCUAACACUGCUCCACUCAGUAUUUGUCUUAUUGAUGCACACAAGUGAAGCACUUUCCUAAUUUAUACAGAGAUACUGACUACCAAGGCCCAUUGUGCUCAAGACUGGAGAGCAGCCUUUCUUUUUCUAGCAGUGCUCACCAUAAAAGGCCCUUCCCGGUAGUGUUUUUUUUAAUAGAGGUAGUUGGCAGUUUAGGAGGCAGCAGGGUCUGACCUGAUAAAAUUCUCUUCACCAGUUAUGACUGCUAUCUCCUUGGGAAUGCCUUUUCUUAGCACAGAGCUCUUAGGUGGUUUGGACUUUUGUUCACUGAAUGGUUAGUGUGUUUUAGGAGCACACCAAGUGUGCUCUCCAAGUAGCCGUCAUCUUUGGGAGAUGCACCAGGGGGCAGAUGGAUGUUAAUAGCCUUCAUCCUCCUUCCUCCUAGAACAAUGUUGGCUUUACCGUCCCAACUCAGCUGUGGGAUUUGUUGGUUUUUUUGUUUGUUUUUCUUGUUUUUGUUUGUUUGUUUUGGUUUUUUUUUUUUUUUAAGUUUUAGAUUUGGGGUUUGGGCUUUUUAUUUUGGUUUGUGUGGGGUUUUGGUUUUUGCUUGAAUUUUGUACUUUUUUUUAAAACUCCAGCCUCCACAAAACAACUCAAGGCCUCCAAGUAUCAAGAUACCAUACUAAGAUUUUUUCUGUCCUGAAUUUUUUUUUUUUUAGCAGAACCCGAAAUUGUGAAAGCAUAUUAGAUUUUAUACACUCCCUGAACUGUAAUUUGCUAAAAUUCUUAAAAUUGGGCCUCUUGUGAUCAUUUCAAGUGCAAUCUGCCUGCCAGCUUCUGAGAAUAUUUUCACAGUAUCUCUGGGCCUUCUUUAGAAGUCUGUCCCCCAUAAUGCAUCUGGUUACCUCAUGUUGCUGUUUGUUUAAGAUUAUGAAAGCUCACAGGGGUGUUUGUUGGAAUCAUUUGCUCAGUCAUUUCCUCAAAUCAUAUUCCAUUGUAUCAGUUAACAUAGUUUUAAAUGUAUGUAUUAUAAAUAUCUGUAACCAAAUCAUUUGAAGGCUUGAUAAAUUUUUAACAAAGUUUGUACAUUUUUUAUGAAAGUUACUAGUAAUGCUUUACUAAGUAGUGCAAUGAAUUUUUAUUUUUAAUCCCUGUGCCCAAUUUUGGAGUUGAGAGGGUUGUUGGUAAUAAAUGUAUGAUGUACACUGAAAA